AUGUCGACCAAGAAAAAAUACGGAGCAUACGGUCGUGCAAUAACAUCACCCGCGUUGCUUUCCUCAUCAGUCGGUUGGUCUCGACCCGAUCCAACCUCUCAAAUCGAUCGUCUGAUUUCCGACGCAGGAGGAGGAGGUCAAACAUCGCAUGAAUAUGCAGUGCCUUCGAUGAUUGUCACAUCUCGACCACCUUCAGAUCCGAAGCAGAAGAGUCGAGCUGAGCGGUUGAGGCAUCGGAUAAGUGAGCGGAGGACUAAUGCGUACAGUGAGUUGGGAAAGGGGCGUGGCCUAAUUUUUGAACUUUCAUGGCCUAGAAAACCAAGUAUUUCCUCUUUCAAUACAAAAGCUCAAAGGAGCCGCAAAAUGUACUGUAGUUUGGUUUUCUCUUCCACGGAUUUUUGGAUUGACACCACACAAAAAAAAAUUUACUACCCAAAAUCGCUAGGCUUCAAAAUUUUCAAGAAAUUUUCUGGUAGAUCAAAAAUAAUUUUUCUCUAAAUCUCGCAUUUUUUUGCGUUGUGUGUCAGGUCUCAAAAAAAGCGCAAAAAUUUUUCAGGUAUUUUUUUUUUAGUAAAAAUCAAAAAUUUCCAGUGAUUCCUCCCCAACGCGAUGCUGCAAUUGAUGCAUUAAUGAAUAAAUAUCUCAACAAAAGCAAGGAGAAUGUGAGUAAUGUUGCGAUUUCAACUCCGCCACUUCGAGAAUCAGCACGAGCAUCUGAAUUAUUAUCGAGGCGCAAAAGUGGAAGUAGAGAUGAAUCACCGACAAUCGAUUCGUUGAUGAAAAGAUAUGGAAAUAAUAGUGGAUCGAGUCAUCGAAUUAAAGAUGCGACGACGAUUUCGAGAAGAGAAUCACUGGAGAAGGAGAAUGAGAUUGAGGGAGCAAGGUUGGUGAUUUUUUGAGCCUGAAAACUUCACGACCUCCAAUGGAAAAUCUCUGCGUCUCUAGCCUUUAUUUUGGAUGUCUGGACUCUCUAGAAUUCUUAUCAUCUCUAACUGUCUAGCUUCUCUGCACGACCAUUUAUACUCCAAUAGAAAAUUGCUCCUCGGGUCAGACGAGAGACGACGGGAGUCUGAUGACGUCAUCAAAGACAGAUCGCUUCGAGAUAUUUUUGAAAAAAUACCGUAUUUUGUUUCAAGGAACACAGGUUUUAUUGAAAAUAUCUCGAAGCGAAAUUCAUUUUCAUGUCAGGAUAUUUUUGCAAAAUACUCUCGUCGUCUCGCGUCUGACUCAACGGGCGCCUUGUAUGGUCGUGACUUGGUGGAUCUAGAAGUUUUAAUUCAAAAUUUUUCGGAAUCUUUUUUUUUUGGUUUUUGGAUUGGAACUUGUUUUAGAAAGCCUGGAAAUCCCGUAUUUUUGAAAUUUCUGAUCUUUUGACUCAGGCUUUUUCAGAUAAGCCUAAGCCUAAUAAAUUGGCUAAGCCUAAGCUUAAAUUUCUGAUCUUUUUCUGAAUUUUUGAGGCUUAGGCUUAACCAAUUCAUUAGGGUUAGGCUUAUCUGAAAACUUAAGCUUGGGCUUAUUAGACUUAGGCUUAACCAAUUCAUUUUAGGCUUAGGCUUAGGCUUAUUAGGCUUAUUAGGUUUAGGCUUGACCAAUUCAUUAGGCUUAGGCUUAGGCUUAUCAGGCUUAGACAUAUCUGAAAUUCUGGACUCAGGCUUAGGCUUAUCCAAAAGUUUAAUCUUAGCAAAUCAAAGCCCAAAUUGAGCCUAAAAAAUCAAAAAAUGAAUUCCCAAAAAUUAAAAAUUUUUUUUUCAAUUUGGUCUGACCAAUUUAGGGCUUUGAUUUGCUAAGCCUAAACUAUUGGAGAAGCCUAAUACAUUGGUUAAGCCUAAGCCUGAGUCCCAUUCAAUGUUAUUUUUUUUCCAGAAGUUUGGAUAAAUCAUGCAAAGAAGCGAGAUUAAGUGGAAGUGAAGUUCGAAUCAAAUGGGAGGUAUGAUUUUUUUUCCACUUUUUUCUCUACGACCUUCUAAUAAAAAAUAAAAAUUCAAUUUCAGGUCUCCUCAAGUGAAAUCAAACCAACAAAUUCUGUAAAACGAUUUAGUGUAACUAUAGAUCCAAGUGAGUUUUUUUGGGAGCCAAAAAACCUCUAGACCUGCCUGCCUGACCACCGUGUAAACAUAAUUCCACAUAUUUAUUCUUUGUAUUAUCAUCGCGUUUUUCCGUUUUCCUGUGCUGCAAAAUAUUACAUUUUUUUGCCAAAAAAAAUUCUGUAAAAGCUUUUCGUUACGAGAUAAUUAGUUUUUUUUGCAAAAACUUCCGAAGGUCCCAUUUUCUUUGCGAAUAAAAAGGCGAACAGUUGUUCGGCUCACAUCUUUUCUGAUAUUAUUUCGAAACUUGUCGUUUUCCGUUUCUCUCUAUCUAAGCUCCACGAGAUUUUUUGUGAAGAAAGAAAGAAAGGGUCAUCUGCUAUCCGACUACUCAUUUCUAUUCCUAUUCUUUUACUUUUUCUUUUUUUUUUCGAUGCUUCUGACAUAUGGAUUUUUAUUGAUUUUUUUUUUUUGAUUUGACGGAAAUUUAAAUUGAGAUCUUGAUUGGAGAAAAAUGUUUUUGAGUGAAGAUUCAGGCACAGAUUCUGAUGUAGAUCAGAAUUUUGAAGCUUUGAGUUAGAAUCUAUAGAAUUCUGAAACUGAAACUGAAUCUUGAUGUUCUGGCCUUAUGUACAGAUUAAUUAUUAGAUUCAGCCAAAAGAUCUGAAGCUUUUUUGAACCCAGAGGCUCAGAUUCGGAAGUUAGACUUGCUGUAGAACUGUUUUGAAAAAAUUUUCAGAUUCUGUUAUCGCUAUUUUUUCUACCGAUCCGGAAAAUCUGAAUUUCCAGAAAUUUCAGUCUAGAAUCUUGAGUUGAAGAAUUUUCAGCCCUGAUUUAGCUUCAUCACAAUUCCAGAAUUUAUUUCAACACCCAUGACUCAUCCAAUAAUCAUCCCCAAAAUAUAAUUUCUGCUUGUCCCCUCUCGCGAGAUUCUGUCUGUCUGACACCUCUCAACAUUUCUGUUAUAUGUGUGUGUAAAAAUUGAACGAACAGGAGGCGCAAAAAUUGAGAGAAAAUUGAGAGAAAAAGAUGGACGAGAGUGGGUGGAUGAACGAAAAAUAUCCCCGGGAAACACGAAAAAAAAUGAAGAGAGCAUAUAGAUUUUAUUGAUGUGAUUAGCUGAAAAAUUUUCAGAUUCUUGAAAUUUUCGGUUUUUUUUCUGAAACUUUAGUUCAGUGGCAAAGCUUCAGAAUUUUUUGUAGAUCACAGUUUUUUUUUAAUUUCAAAAAACAUCUUUGACACGUCAUAACUCAUGUUAGACUAAAAAAUAUUUUUUUUUAAUUUCAAAAAAAAAUCUGGUAAGGUAACGCUUCAAGUUUUUAAGAAAUUAUAGCUUUAUGGAUAGUCUGAUCGAUUUCAAUUAAAGUUCAAAACAUCUUUGCCACGUCAUAACUCAUAUUAGCGUAACUUCUGAUUCUGAUCCACAAUCUCAGUUUUCAAUUUUCAGCCGGUUCCGAACGUUUUGUUAAUUUUUUCCACCCACCCAGCCCUGCGUAAAUUAUUUGAAAUAUAUUUGUUUUCUGCGCGCAUUGGAUUCUUUUUUUUUUUUUUUUUGAGAGUAGAUAGGUAGGUAGAGCUGGUUUUAUGAUCGAGAUAAACUGUAUUUGAGAGCACAAAAAAAUUUUGCAAAUUUUUUCUCAUUCAUUAUUUUCUCGCAAAUGUUUUUAUUACGAUUCGCCUUUUUUUGCAAUGAAAAAAAUAGGAAAACAUUAUUAUUUUUUGUUGGAAAAAUAAAAUUCAAUUGAUUUCAGGUCGUAUGCCGGUUGGCAAUUCGGGUUCGCGUUCGGGCCGUUUGGCUCGAAUCAGUCAGAGUAAUAUUCGACCGUUUGGAUCGAGUGGCGGCGUGUCGGCGAGCAAUAUUUAUGGACCAGGUUAGUGGGGGAGUCGGGCUAUGGCCUAGACCGCUAGCUUCCGCGUAGCGGCACUAUCUACCGCUUUAGCGGCCACGCCUAGACCUAGAUAGACUUACUUUAGAUAGGCCUAGAUAGACUUAGAUAGGUCUAGAUAGAGCCUAGGCCUAAACCUAGAUAUGGCCUAGACCUAGACUCGCGUGACCGUUUUCGAAUAGGGCUCGGGGAAUUGGGCUAGGCCCCCGAGCGCCUCUGUCGCGAGUGUAGACCGCUAGCUUCCGCGAAGCGGCACUAUCUACCGCUUCAGCGGCCAUGCCUAGAUCUAGAUAGAGCCUAGGCCUAAAUCUAGAUAAAGCCUAGGCCUAGGUUAGCGUGGCCGCCUUGGAGGGCUCGGGAAAUUGGGCUAGGCCCCGAGCGCCUUUGGCGCGAGUCUAGACCGCUAGCUUCCGCGAAGCGGCACUAUCUACCGCUUCAGCGGCCAUGCCUAGACCUAGAUCUAGAUAGAGCCUAGGCCUAGGUUCGCCUGGCCGUUUUUGAAUAGGGCUCGGGGAAUUGGGCUAGGCCCCGAGCGCCUCUAGCGCGAGUGUAGACCGCGAGCUUCCGCGAAGCGGCACUAUCUACCGCUUCAGCGGCCAUGCCUAGGCCUAGAUCUAGAUAGAGCCUAGACCUAGGUUAGCGUCGCCGCCUUGAAGGGCUCGGGGAUCUGGGCUAGGCCCCGAGCGCCUCUAGCGCGAGUGUAGACCGCUAGCUUCCGCGUAGCGGCACUAUCUUCCGCUUUAGCGGCCAUGCCUUGACCUAGAUGGAGCCUAGGCCUAGAUAAGCCUAGACCUAGACUAGCGUGGCCUCUAAAGCGGAAGCUAGCUGUCUAAAUUUGACCUUAAAGAUUCCAAUUUUUCAUUCGCUGCCCCAACAAAAUCAGAGUUUAAUUCAUGUCAAAUGUUAAAUAAUUCAGGCGACCGCUAUUUUUUCCCGAAAUUUUUUCGCUUUGUUCUAUUUCUAUUUUUUUUCUACUCGAAAACAAACCAAACUCGAAAAAUAUUUGAAUAUUUUAUUCUUUUUACCACAGACUUUUGAGAAAAUAACAUAACAAUUUUUAAUCUGAACCCACCCAAGUCAAAAAAGAGCUGUCGUUUUUUCUUGAGCCCUCCAAUUUUUUUGGUUGGUGACAAUAAAGGUCAUUUGGGAAUUGUGUGUGGUGUUUUGGCUCAUUUUUUUCGAGGAAGUUUUUUGCUGGCUGGUUGGCACUUUCGCUAAAUCUAUCAAAAAAAAUAUAUAGAUAGAUAGAACAUCUGGGGUUUCGUAUUUCUUAUUUUUUUUGUCUUUGUUAUAUAGCUGUUCUUGUCUUUCUUGACAAAAAGAAUAUAUUUCUUUCGAUUUCUAUUGUGUUUUUUUCCGGGUUUUCUCCUACUCAUGUGAGCUGAAAAUGCCAAUUUCAUCGUUGCUCUGCAACACUGGCUAUUUUGUAAAAUGUAUGAGGCAUGCAAUACGAAGAAAUCAUCAAAAUAAUAAUAAUUAUAUUAAUGAUAGGAAUAAUAAUAAUAAUGGUAUCAUCAUCAUCAUCAUAUUCACCCCCACUUCUAACUAAAAUAAAAAUUUUUUUUUUCAAGGAACACAUCCGAUGACUGGCGCCGAGCCAACAAGUCCAACUAAAAAAGAGCCGAAACAUCGAUUUGAGAUCACGAAGAAGUUGGGAUCGGGAACGUAUGGAAAAGUUUCGUUGGCAUAUGAUCAUAAAUUUGAUCGAGAGGUUAGUUGAAGAAAAAACAUUGGAGUACACAAAACACGCAAGCAUCAAAUCACUGACGCGUUUGUGGUUAUGUUUGCGCGUUUUAUUUUAUUUUUUGAAAAUAUUUUUUUGAAAGUUUAAAAAAACGAAUUUUAUUUUUUUGAAAAAUUUUGAAAAUUAAAAAAAAACGAAUUUUAUUUUUUUUUCGAAAUUUGCAAAUUUUAUUUUUUUUUUGAAAAUUAAAAAAAAACGAAUUUUAUUUUUCUUGAAAAUUUCAAAAAAAAAAAUUUUUUUAUUUCAAAAAUUUUGAAAAUUAAAAAAAAACGAAUUUUAUUUUUUUUUCGAAAUUUGCGAAUUUUAUUUUUUUUUGAAAAUAAAAAAAUUUUGAAAAUUAAAAAUAAAAAUUAAACAUUUUAUUGUUUUUUUUUGGGAAUUUCGCAUUUUAUUAUUAUUUUUUGAAAAUUAAAAAAAAAACGAAUUUUAUUUUUUUUUGAAAAUUAAAAAAAAAUAAAAUGCGCAAACAUAUCCGCAAACGCGUCAGUGAUUUGAGGCUUGCGUGUUUUGUGUGCAUUGGAAAAUCAGUGAAAAUGAGGAGACUUGUUAGAGAAUCAUAGAUCAAAAGCAUAUUAGGCUAGAAAAUCACUGUCUUAUCAAUUUAGCUCAAGUUCCCCUGACCCUUUCUUGCAUUUUAUCGAUUUUUUCAGCACAAAACUCGGAUUUCUUAAAAAAUUUUGUUUUUUUUUCCAAACCGAACCGCAUUUGAAAUGCGAAUAUUUUUCGCGUUGUCCCCAGAGAUUUUGAGACAAUAAAAUAGAAUCAACACCAAUCGCAUGACUUUAUUUGAACCAAUAGUGUCUCCGGGGAAAUCCUCGAGUAAAAAGAGUUGUGAAAAAAAAAUCUGAAUAAAUUUGUAGGUGGCAGUGAAGUUGAUCAAAAAAUCAGCGAUCGAAAACAAGGCGGAUCUGGUUCGAAUUCGUCGUGAGAUUCGAAUCAUGUCUGCAUUAAACCAUCCGAACAUCAUUCAAAUCUACGAAGUUUUUGAGAAUAAAGACAAAAUUAUUCUAGUUAUGGAAUACUCGAGUGGCGGAGAAUUGUAUGAUUAUGUUUCGAGAUGUGGAAGUUUGCCAGAAGCUGAAGCUCGCAGACUUUUCCGACAAAUCACGUCAGCUGUUUUAUAUUGUCAUAAGCAUAAGGUUGCGCACAGAGAUUUGAAGUUGGAAAAUAUUUUGAUGGAUCAAAAUAAUAAUGCGAAAAUUGCCGAUUUUGGAUUGUCCAACUAUUUUUCGGAUAAAGUUCUAUUGACAACUUUUUGCGGAAGUCCACUCUACGCAUCACCUGAAAUCAUCAAUGGAACACCUUACAAAGGUCCUGAAGUUGAUUGUUGGAGUCUGGGAAUUCUUCUAUACACUUUGGUCUAUGGAAGUAUGCCAUUCGAUGGUCGAGACUUCAAUCGAAUGGUUCGACAGAUCAAAAGAGGAGCGUAUUAUGAGCCAGAGACACCGAGUACCGCAUCAAUGUUGAUUCGAAAUAUGUUGAGAGUGAAUCCAGAAAAGACGCGCCACUAUUUUUGAUAUCGCUUCACAUUGGUGGUUGAAUCUUGAGGAGAAUAUGCCGGUCAUUCAGGAACUUCCAGAGAAUCAGGUAGGUGCUAUUCAGAAUUUUUCUCCCCAAAAUAUCGGACCUGAUCAGAGUACCGCAAGAUUUUGUUUUGUUUCGAAACAAGGCGAAACAUGAAACUGAGUUUUCUUGUAAGUGUCACUGAUUUUCAUGAAUUUCGAAACAAAAAUAGCACCACUCAAAAAAAAUUCACAACACUUCACAAAUAAAAAAUGACCAGAAGGGCUCCGCCGGCUAACGCCGGCUCCUCCUUCUGGAUUGUCCCGGCUUCGCGCGUAGUUUUCUUUAGGUGUAAACAGAAACAUGUUUCGUCUUAAAAUACGACAGAGUUGUAGUUUUUGAAAAGUUGGAAAAGAUUCUUUAAACAAAAACCGAAAUUUUGAUUUUCGUUGAAUUCUUUCUCCGUUCUCCGCUAGGUAUGAUUUUUAAAAUUUCUAAAGAAAAUUGACGAAAAUGGUUUUAAAAAAUGUGCGAAAAAAUUUCUUGAUUUUAUAAAGAGGUUAAUCCAAAUUUUCUACGUCUCAAAAACUAAAGCACAACAUUUGGCGAAACUGUUCCGAAAAUCUAAAAUCUAUAUCCAAAAAAUCUAUAUCCAGAGAGAAAAGAAAUGCUGCCUUAUUUUCUGAGUAUAAGCUUCUAUGUUCCAUCUGAAAUUUUCAGAGCCGUGGAAGAUAAAACCAAAGAACAGUAAACUCCGCCGCCCUUUGAUUAUUUUCAUUGAUUCAUUCGGGCUGAUUUUUUUUUCAUCCAACGAAAACCGAUUUUUUUUUUGAAAAUAGCCGGGCCGAUUUUUUUUUUGAAAAAACUCGGGCCGAUUUUUUUAUCGGCCGAUUUUUUUAAAAACUCGGCCCGAUUUUUUUUCAUCCAACGAAAACCGAUUUUUUUUGAAAAUAGCCGGGCCGAUUUUUUUUUUGAAAAAACUCGGCCCGAUUUUUAUCGGCCGAUUUUUUUUUUGAAAAAACUCGGCCCGAUUUUUUUUUUGAAAAAACUCGGCCCGAUUUUUUUUCAUCCAACGAAAACCGAUUUUUUUUUUUUGAAAAUAGCCGGGCCGAUUUUUUUUUUAAAAACUCGGCCCGAUUUUUUCAUCCAACGAAAACCGAUUUUUUUUUGAAAAAAGCCGGGCCGAUUUUUUUUGAAAAAACUCGGCCCGAUUUUUUUAUCGGCCGAUUUUUUUUUUGAAAAAACUCGGCCCGAUUUUUUUUUCAUCCAACGAAAACCGAUUUUUUUUUUGAAAAUAGCCGGGCCGAUUUUUUUUUUGAAAAAACUCGGCCCGAUUUUUUUUAUCGGCCGAUUUUUUUUUGAAAAAACUCGGGCCGAUUUUUUUUAAAAACUCGGCCCGAUUUUUUUUUCAUCCAACGAAAACCGAUUUUUUUUUGAAAAUAGCCGGGCCGAUUUUUUUUUUGAAAAAACUCGGCCCGAUUUUUUUUAUCGGCCGAUUUUUUUUUGAAAAAACUCGGGCCGAUUUUUUUUUAAAAACUCGGCCCGAUUUUUUUUUCAUCCAACGAAAACCGAUUUUUUUUUUUGAAAAUAGCCGGGCCGAUUUUUUUUGAAAAAACUCGGCCCGAUUUUUUUAUCGGCCGAUUUUUUUUUGAAAAACUCGGGCCGAUUUUUUUUUAAAAACUCGGCCCGAUUUUUUUUUCAUCCAACGAAAACCGAUUUUUUUUGAAAAUAGCCGGGCCGAUUUUUUUUUGAAAAAACUCGGCCCGAUUUUUUAUCGGCCGAUUUUUUUUUUUUUUGAAAAAACUCGGCCCGAUUUUUUUUUUGAAAAAAAACUCGGCCCGAUUUUUUUUUCAUCCAACGAAAACCGAUUUUUUUUGAAAAUAGCCGGGCCGAUUUUUUUUUUUAAAAACUCGGCCCGAUUUUUUUUCAUCCAACGAAAACCGAUUUUUUUUUUGAAAAAACUCGGCCCGAUUUUUUUUUCAUCCAACGAAAACCGAUUUUUUUUUGAAAAAAGCCGGGCCGAUUUUUUUUUGAAAAAACUCGGCCCGAUUUUUUUUUUGAAAAAACUCGGCCCGAUUUUUUUUCAUCCAACGAAAACCGAUUUUUUUUUGAAAAUAGCCGGGCCGAUUUUUUUUUUUUUAAAAACUCGGCCCGAUUUUUUUUCAUCCAACGAAAACCGAUUUUUUUUUUGAAAAAACUCGGCCCGAUUUUUCAUCCAACGAAAACCGAUUUUUUUUUUGAAAAAACUCGGCCCGAUUUUUUUUCAUCCAACGAAAACCGAUUUUUUUGAAAAAAGCCGGGCCGAUUUUUUUUUGAAAAACUCGGCCCGAUUUUUUAUCGGCCGAUUUUUUUUUGAAAAAACUCGGCCCGAUUUUUUUUCAUCCAACGAAAACCGAUUUUUUUUUUUGAAAAUAGCCGGGCCGAUUUUUUUUUUUAAAAACUCGGCCCGAUUUUUUUUUCAUCCAACGAAAACCGAUUUUUUUGAAAAAAGCCGGGCCGAUUUUUUUUUGAAAAAACUCGGGCCGAUUUUUAUCGGCCGAUUUUUUUUUAAAAACUCGGUCCGAUUUUUUUUUCAUCCAACGAAAACCGAUUUUUUUUGAAAAAAGCCGGGCCGAUUUUUUUUUGAAAAAACUCGAGCCGAUUUUUUUUGAAAAAAACUCGAGCCGAUUUUUUUUUGAAAAAACUCGCGCCGAUUUUUUUUAUCCAACGAAAACCGAUUUUUUGAAAAAACUCGAGCCCAAUUUUUUUGAAAAAAAACUCGGGCCGAUGUUUUGGCUCUAAACGGAAAAAGAGGGUUUUAGGAAAAAAAGAGGGGUUUUUGAAAGAAAUAGGGGAUUUGACGGAAAAGAGGGGUUUUGAAAACUUUAUUCUCCCAAAUGUGGGAAUAUUUUCACUUCUCAUAAAAUUUAAGCGCAAGGAUCAGAUUAAGCUCGAAAUUCUGAACAAAAGCAACUUCUGAAACUAACUUUUGAAAAUCGUUUGAAGCUUUUGAAAAAUGAAGUUUUUGAAAACCCCUCUUUUUAUUCUAAACCCCUCUUUUUCCGUUCAGAGCCGAUUUUUUUUUAUCCAACGAAAAACCUCGGGCCGAUUUUUUUGCCACGAGUCUAUUUUUGAUCAAAAAAAGAAAUUUUGAAUGAAUUCGAUUUUCACAGAAAAUUGUAAAUAAUCAUAGAAAAAAACGGAACUGAAAUAAUUUGGGCUUAACUAUAUUGGGAUUCCCAAACACAUCAAAACUCACUAUCAAACAUUCACAUUAAAGUAUUUGUUUUUCUUCUUGUAAAAGAAAUUAUCCAAUAUCUGAAAGUUCGAACAGUAUAUAAAUUUAUCUACAGUAAUUUGACUCACUUAAUUUCCAUUCAUUUUCCAAACCGAUUAGGAGUAGAGUAAUAGCGAGAAAUGAUUAAAAAUGUCCCCCUCUAUGAAUGAAAUAGAAAGAUCAGAUAAGAAACGUGACCUAGCCAUUUUUUCCGAUUAAAAACGUGUUCAUUCUUUUCUACACGGAAAAAGUUUUUAUUUUUCACGUGAAAACUUGCGCACUUUUGAAAUAUUUCGAAUAUCGUGCAUCAUCUACGAAAAAUUUGGAACACGUUGGUCCAAGUCUCAUUCAAAACGGUCUUCUAGAAAUUGAGUUACGGUCGGCUACACAUUUUUAUUUUCAAAAAUACAUUGAAUUUCAGGAGUUUUUUCAGUUAAAAGUUUCCCUGCGCACUACAACAAAAAACUUUGAAAUUUCAUAAUGUUCUGCAUCAUGCUGCAACUAUUUGGAAACUUUUCUUUUUUUAACCGAAACUUUUCAUGAAGUAGAAAAAAAGUUGGUCCAUCUGACAUACGCACUUCUUAAAAAGCAGUUUUCAAUUAGUAUAUAGUAGAUCAGACAAUGAAAAAGAUCGAAUUAGAAAAAUAUUAAAAACGUGACACGGUGCAGGUGUGACGUGUUUUCGAUGCAAAACAUUUUCAAAAAAUGAAAUGCUUCACGUGUUUUUUCAUAACACAUUUAAUUUCUCGAAAUGUGUCAUACCAAAAAAGAGUGACACAAAAAAAUGUUUCACGUUUUGAAAAAAUUAAUUGUGUGACACAUUAAAAUGUGUCACACAAUUUUUGUAUGACACAUUCAAUUUUUAAAAAUGUUUCAUUGGUUUUCAAUGAAACAAAUCUGAUCAGCUGUUUUGUUUCGCCACAUUUUACCAUUUUCUCUAUUAGAGAAUUUGAUAGAAAAAGCGACCUGGAAGUGAAUUUGAACACAUUUUGAAUAGAUUAGUUUGUGAAGAUACUAUUUCACUUUUGAGAACUUAUCAAAUGGACCCGAAAAGUCGGACCAAGUCAGAUUUUUUGAAAAAAACUGACAAGGAAACCUUUCGGAACCGCCAAAAAAUUGAUAAUUUUUUUGGAAUUCCAGGUGGGCAAUUUUUUUUGGAAAACCUAACCUUGUUAGUGGACAAAAAAUCUAAGGGCUUUCAAGGCCAGACUCAGUCGAGAAAAACAUUUUCACUAGGUGGAUAAUUUUGAAAAAUGAACCAAGGUGGGCAAUUUUUCAGCUACUGCUCCAGGUUCUUGGGUGAGGUUUGUUUUUCCAGAAACCUAAAGUCCUCCACAAAAUCUUAGCCUCACCGCCAAAAUUUUCAAAAGUUCGGAAAUUUGAUUUUAUGUGGAAAAUAAAAACACCUAUUUUUCAAAAAAAAAAUCAAGUUUUCAUUUCAGCUUCAUUUUCAGCUAUACCAACUUUUUCAGAAAAAAUCAAAUUUCCGAAUUUUUGAAAAUUUUGGCGGUGAAGCUAAUUUUGUGGAGGACUGGGGAAAAUUAUCAUUUUUUGGCGGUUCCGAAAGGUUUCCUUGUCAGUUUUUUUCAAAAAAUCUGACUUGGUCCGACUUUUCGGGUCCAUUUGAUAAGUUCUCAAAAGUGAAAUAGUAUCUUCACAAACUAAUCUAUUCAAAAUGUGUUCAAAUUCACUUCCAGGUCGCUUUUUCUAUCAAAUUCUCUAAUAGAGAAAAUGGUAAAAUGUGGCGAAACAAAACAGCUGAUCAGAUUUGUUUCAUUGAAAACCAAUGAAACAUUUUUAAAAAUUGAAUGUGUCAUACAAAAAUUGUGUGACACAUUUUAAUGUGUCACACAAUUAAUUUUUUCAAAACGUGAAACAUUUUUUUGUGUCACUCUUUUUUGGUAUGACACAUUUCGAGAAAUUAAAUGUGUUAUGAAAAAACACGUGAAGCAUUUCAUUUUUUGAAAAUGUUUUGCAUCGAAAACACGUCACACCUGCACCGUGUCACGUUUUUAAUAUUUUUCUAAUUCGAUCUUUUUCAUUGUCUGAUCAUUUUUAAUCGUGACACUCGUUGAAAAAACAAAAAGUGACUCAGAUAGAAAGUGAAAACAUUGAAAUUUUUUAAAAUGUUCUGCUAAAACCAAGUGAAACUGUUUCACAAAAAUGUUUCGUUGCGGUACUCUGGACCUGAUCUUUAAGGCCUUUAGAAAAUUUCCCCGAGCUCAAAAAAAAAUUUUUCUGAAUAAUCAAAUUUGCAGAUCAUUGAUCAUACUCCACUCACUGAACGCGAGGAAACAAUGGUUGUCCAAGAUUUAGCCGAUGAACAAGAUGUAUUUAUGGAAUUCGGACAUUUGUCCAACGAAACUCGCAAGAAGAUUGAAGAUUUCCGACGGCGACGAAAAGAAGCCGAAGAAUACAACGAAAAUUCACCGGUCAAACCACCAAAAGCGCGAAAAACCGAUGAGAAAGAGGAGAAAACUGAGAUGCGAGCAGCUGAAAAAUCGCUUCGUGGUGUCAAAGAACCUGAAAAACCCAAAGUUGAUACAAAUGAUCCAUUGGAAAGAUUGCGACAAAUUGAAAAUCGAUUGGGGCAGAGUAAAAGAGAUGUGAGUUUUUUUUUGGGAGAAAAAUUUAUUUUGAAAAAAUCGAUGCAUAGGUAUAGAAAACCGUAAUUAUAUACAUGAAAAAAUUUAAUUUUGAAUUUAAAUUAUAAGGUUUACUGUAGAGUCCCAUCUCGACAUGCUUGAACACAUUUUAGAGAUUCGGUUUUAUAUUGAAAGGACGUGUAAUCUGGAUGAUCACGCAUUGUUUCCAAAUAAUGAUCAGCACAUCGUUCAGCGCAAGUUGUCUGAAACAAAAAAUUGUUUUUUUUUUCAAAGACUCACCCAUAAAAUUCAAUUUUUUACCUCACACCAUCCAAAAGCGGCCAGAAAAAUGAGUAGAAUCACGCACAAACGAAUCAUAUUGUAAAUUUUUGGUCGCAACGGAUUAGUCUGGGGUCAAAUAAUAAAUUUCGGUUUGUGAAAAUGAAACGAAAUAAAAUAAUGCGCGAUGAUUUUAAUGAGGGCGGGGGCAAAAGGGUUAAUAGAUCUAGUUUGGUCAGAGCCGAAAUACAAAGAUCAGUUUCAGGCUGCUGCAAGACAAGAGGCAACGAUGGUGAAACCGAAAGAGGAUCCGGUUACAGUGACUUUGAAACAGCCGCCGGUGAAAUUGAAAUCGCCGGAACAACAGCCGGAAGAUCCGAAACAGUGAGUGGGAAACAUUGGGAGAGCGGGGGGGGAGGGGAUCGCAGCACAGAAUUUUGGGGACCUAAAAUUGUGUUGCCACGUGGGAUAGUGCACAGUGUUUUACAUGUUAAACCGAGAGAGACGCAGAGAAAACGAGACUUUCGAAAUCGAGCGCGGGAAAAAUAUUCGAAAAACAUGUUGGUCUCAAAACGAAGAGGCCCCGAACUUCUCUUGGAAAAGUUUUUAUUGAGAAAUUAUCUAUGAUCUACGAAAAAUGUUCGCUUUUUCUAUCAUGAGUCAGGCAGGUGGCGAAAUAUUCAAUUAGGAAAACUCGAUUUUUUUUGUUUUAUUUUUUUUUGCUGACAAAAAAACACAAAAAGAUGAAUAGGAAAUUAUAUGUUUUCAGCCAAAAAAAUCUCACAAAUCGUAUAGAAGGUGGUCAACAAAAAGAAUCUGAUAUUUAUGAAGAAUUCCCUUUUUUCCUAGAAAAAAUUUAGUGAGGUUACUUGGAUACCAAUAAUACUCUGAGGAAAAAAAGGUUUUGUGUUGCAAAAACACACUUUUUGAUUUAAGAAAGAGGAAGGAAUGAGGUAUAAAAAAUAUGAUAUAUAAUUUUGAGUGAUCAUUGAUGCGGAAAAAUCUGUGACGUUAAAAAAUUUACAUUUUCAGACAAGCAUCACGAGCACCCUCUUUUGUGCCGGUUAAAGAGAAACCUGCGGCGAGUGGACCACCGAAUUUGCUGCAAGAAACAUCGGCGGCCGAAUCGCAGAGACAUCGAACCAGAGCGCAUUUGUCGGCCAGUGCCUAUCGCAUUGAGACGGAUUCGUUGAAUAUGUUGAUGAAUCAGGUGAGAGUUUUAGAGGAGUUAGGCUGAGUUUCAAAUGUAUUUAUUGAAAAUUGGGAAAAUUUUGAUACAGUCUAGGUUUUUUUCCGAGAAAGUAAAAAAAUUUGGCAAAAAAAAUGAAGGCUAGAAAUUCAAAUGACACUAUUCCGAAGUACGGUGUUUCUGGCAAUCGCUGCGAGACCCAUAUGACUCUGUUUCUCUGGGGUGGUCUUGUAGCAGUGUUAGUGACGCAGAGAAAUUCAUUUUUGCAAAAUACUCUCGUCGUCUCGCGUCUGACUCAACGGGCGCCUUGUAUGGUCGUGUCUUUCCAAGUACGGUGUUUCUACCAGUCGCUGCGAGACCCAUGUUUCUCUGGGCUGGUCUUGUAGCAGUGUUAGUGACGCAGAGGAAUACCGUACUUGGGAAAAUGGGAUUUGAAUUUUUUUGAUAAUAACUAAACUAAAAAAAAAUCAUAGAAUUUUUAUUUGAGUUCUGGUUUUGUGGAAUAUUUUUUGGAGCAGGUGAAAAUUUUUUAUUAGUUGGGCUAGCGGCCAAAAAUAUUUUAAUUAAAAAUUUUUGAACUGUUGUCGAAAAUCUCACCAGGCGCUCCACCGAAAUAAACACGCAACGCAGACCGCGUCGCGCACACAGCACACACAAAUAAGGGAACGAUUCAAAUUCCCUCCCUUUUGUGUGUGUGUGUUGUGGCGCGGCGCGGUCUGCGUUACGUGUUAAUUUCGGUAGAGCGCGUGGUGCCUCGAAAUUCUAGAGCUCAUUUUUUCUCCAGGUCCUCGAACAAAUGGAUCGUGGAGCUGUCAACCUCAACAUCAUCGCCAAAAUCAAAGCGCACCCACUUUACGAUACUCGUCCGAUGGUUAAAGAGCUCCUCGAAAGCAUCAUCGCUGCUCAACCCGAACCUGUUCAAAAACAAACCAGCAAGAUUAUCGAGCAGCAAACACAGGUACUAUGUUUUGAAAUUUUUUUUGAGUAGAGCCUUAAGUUACGCACUUCCUAAGUUGCAUCUUCUAAUCCAAAUAACAUUUCUUGUAAGACCUCCUCAUCCCGCCAAAACACAUUGACUCGCCCAAAAACCAAACACUCCGAAACCGACGAGAUUCCGGCAGUUCCAUCGCCACCUGGUGGACAGGCACAAAAACGAAUGAAGGAACGACCGUGGCAUUCGGUUGAGGUAUGAAUAACAUCAGCUAGAUCUAACACAUGCACCAUGUUUAUUUUCCCGCCCAUAGUUCCCUCAAUUGGUUUUUGCAGGUUGGAUUUGAUCCGGAUGAAGAUUCGGCUGAUCGAAUGCAGGAGUCGAUUGCAAGUAAUGCCACUGAAGUUACUGUUCAAGACACAUCUUUCGAUGAUUCGGAUGAAGAUGAGCAAGGAGCAAAACAGAAAACACCAGUUCCAGAUACUCCAAAAAUCGCUGUUAUUAAAGAUGUUGUGGAAGAAGAGGAAUCUGAAGAUGAUGAUGAUGAAUAUAGUGAUAGUGAGAUGGAAGAUUUGGCAGAUGAAGUGGAUAAGAAAGCGCCGGAAGAGGAGAAAUCAAAGAAUCCGGAGAUAAUCACAACUCCAGCCGCACCAAUCGCAAAUAAUUUGGAGACACAUCCACCGCCGGAUCCAUCAUCGUCUCCGCAAUUCCUCGAUGCUUUUGAUAGAGGACUCAUUAAACGGCAGAGCAAAGGGAAAUAUCAGGUAGCGAUGUUUUUUCUACAUAUAUGCAUGUGUUUUUUUGACACACCACUUCUAUUUAUCACCCACCCAUCCACGCAUGUUGUUUUUGCAGCACACAAUUAUAAUGAAUUAUGGUCGGGGAGUGUCGACGGAAUGCGAGAGUCCGACACAUGAGAAAAAGUUUUUCGGAGGACCGCAGCCUAGCGCAGAACUGUCACCGUUUUUAUUUGAAACAGUAAGCAUGUGUGAACCAAGUUUUUCUUUCUUUUUUCCUGUUAUGCUGAUUUUUUUCUAGAGCAUUUUUAAUAUUGUCCGUUUGGAAAUGAGAGUCACCCCGCGAAAAAAUGAAUUUGAAUUUGAAAAAUCUCUAAUUCCCCCCCCGCGAUGCGUGUGCGUUGCGGUCGCUUCCCCAUACAAAACCCCCGUUGGCUGUUUGCCAGCGCUCUCUCUCGAUGUCUGCGUCUCCUGCAACAAAUUCAAAUGAAUUUUUUCGCGGGGUGAAUCUCAUUUCCAAACGGAUAAUAUCAAAGUCAGAUCAAAAUUGAUUUGUUUUAUUUGCAGGCCAAAGAAAUCCUUCAAUCUUAUCCCAACAAUAAAAAAAUCGAUGCGAGAAAUAUUGAUGUUGAACUUCGCCGAAAACUUCGAAUGGAAAAAGUGAAAGCGGAUUUGUUGAAACAGCCAAAAGAGGGCGACAAACCGAGAAAUUCGUGAGUUUCAGGGAGCUUGUUCGCUCUAUUGAAAUUUUCUUUUAAAUUUAAAUUUUUAAAAUUUUCCGAUCAAAAUUCAGAUUAUUUUCAAAAUUCUAUAAGCUCCAGACAACCAGAAAAUCUAUUUUGUUAGAGACGCAGAGAGUCCGGAGCAAUUUUUUAAGAAAUUUUCCAUUUAUCAAAAUUUAGAUUAUUUUCAAAAUUCUAUAAGCACAGAUUGUUAGAGACGCAGAGAGUCGAGACAGCUUAGACACUCUAAACAACGACGCAGAGAAGCUAGACAUCUAGAGAUCAUGAGAGUCCAGACAUCCAGAAUAAAAGCUAGAGACGCAGAGAGUCCGGACAAUGUUUGGAGACGCAGACACGACCAUACAAGGCGUCCGUUGAGUCAGACGCGAGACGACGAGAGUAUUUUGCAAAAAUAUACCGAAAAUUAAUUUCGCUUCGAGAUAUUUUCAAUAAAACAUGUGUUCCUUGAAACAAAAUACGGUAUUUUCUCAAAAAUAUCUCGAAGCGAUCUGUCUUUGAUGACGUCAUCAGACUCCCGUCGUCUCUCGUCUGACCCGAGGGGCAAUUUUCUAUAGACAUCUAGAGAUCAUGAGAGUCCAGACAUCCAGAAUAAAAGCUAGAGACGCAGAGAAAGUGUCCCUUUUCCAUCUCAAAAAUCUCAAAUUCCAGAUACGUUGGAAGUGUUCCACCACGAAGUCCACCUCCAGUCAUCGUCAAAUCCGAUGGUGAAGAACUAGAUGAUGAAGAAGAAGAAGAAGAUGAAGAAGACGAGGAAGAAGUCGAGGAGGAAGAGGAAUCUGAAGAGGGCUCGGAUUUCGAGAACUUCAAACCCAAACGACCCGUCAUUGCUGGAAUUCGAACGGGUGGAGGUUGGUUUUUUUUUUCAAUUUUUUAAAUUUUUUUAAAAUGUUUUUCUUCUUAUUACUUUCUGCUUAUUAAGUAACUACUACUGUUGGCGCUGCAAGUUCAAUCAAUAAAAAUAAGCCACAAUAUCAAGUGACGUCACCAACAACUUCUACAGUUAUUCAUAAUCCAGGUUUACUUUUUUUCUGUUUUUUUGGCUAAUUUGGUAACAAAACCAGCGUAAUUUUUCCAAUUUUUCCAGAAAAAGCGCCCGAAACAUCAGCAAAAUAUUUGGUGUCGGUAGCCGAGCUUCGCAUCAAACCCGAUUCGCAUAAAAUGGAUGAGAUUCUGGCGGCUAGCGAUAGAAGGUUAGUUGAAUAUUAGAAAAUUCCGGGUUCAGACAUGUUAAGCUACAGAAUAUCACAAACAAAUCUGUUAUUCCGCCCCAACGCCUACCAGGCUUCGGACCUACAGAGACGAAUCAACGCGUGAGUGUGAAUCCCCCUUCACAACGUGUUUUGAUUUGUGCAUAAUGCUUGAGCUUUCUUUGAUUAGUUGUUGCUCACCGCUUUUUUUUGUUGGUUUUGAUUUGAUUUUCCAGAAAUUCUGAGAUUUCCUCCACUCCAAAAACACCAACCGAGCAGAAAGAUACGUGGGAAAGUGCCUCAGCUUAUAUCCGAAGAAAAACCAGGGAGCGACGAUUGAGAAAUCGAACAAUCGGAACAACCGAGGAAGCCCUACGGUAUUUUUUGUUGUGACAUUUUUGAGUUAACCGAAGUUUUUUGGUUGCUUUUUUUCUUAUUCUUACAAUUAGGAAUGGAAAUAUAUCAAAAACCAAGAUUUGUUGCAGAGCACUGGAAAGACCGUCAAUUGAACCGUCGUAUGAAGAUCGGGCAUUCUCGCCGGUCUCUUCUGAUCCUUUCUAUACGCAUACCACCUCAACAAAUCCAACAUCUUAUAUUCGGCCACGAUAUCAUGAUGAUAGUUAUCGAACUCAUCAUACACAUGAGUAUCGAGCACAUUCGCCUUCGAAAUAUGUGAGUUUGGGGCUCUUUUUGUGUGGCACGACCAUUUACUCCGAUAGAAAAUUACCCCUCGGGUCAGACGAGAGACGACGGGAGUCUGAUGACGUCAUCUGAGACAGAGAACGACAUCGCUUCGAGAUAUUUUCGAGAAAAUGUGUGUCCCUUUGAAAAAAUACCGUAUUUUGUUUCAAGGAACACAUGUUUUAUUGAAAAUAUCUCGCCACGAAAUUGAUUUUCGGUAUAUUUUUGCAAAAUACUCUCGUCGCCUCGCGUCUGACUCAAUGGGCGCCUUGUAUGGUAGCGGUGGGCAAAAUUUAGUUUUGGCUGAAAUUUUCGGGUUCUCGCGCAGGGAAUUGUCAAUUUUUUAAACUGAAAAUCUGGUUUUUAACCAAAAUUCAAUAAAAGUCAUUCCUGAACUGAAAAUUUCAGUCGAAAAUCGAGUUUUGGUUAAAAUUUUCGGGUUCUCGCGCAGGGAAAUCUAUCGUGAAUUUUUUUCUUAAAACCUUAAAGAUUUUUUGAAUAUAACAUUUAUUUAUACAAUUUUGUAUUUAUGUUAGGGUUUUGUAAAAAAUUUUUCCUGAGCCCUGAAAAAUUUAGCUUCAAAUUUUUGGACCAAUCGAAAACUUAGGGGAUCCAAAAAUUUGAAUUUUUCCUCGAGUUGUGCUAACUCUUUGUGCCACGGCCUUUCAGAAAUAGGGAAAAUUACAAUUCGAGAAAGACGCAGAGAAAGAAACACCAAAUCCAUUCGUAGUCCGGCACUUCGUUUCGAGACCAAGCGCGGGAAAACAAAAUGUUUUUCAAAUUUUAUCGACUUCAAAAUUUUUCUCGAUUCACCCUGGAAAAGGACGUGACUUCCAAAAGGUUCCAAUUUUUAACUUAUCCUAAAAACAUCCCUCCUUCUCUAGAACUAAUGUUAUCUUUAAAAAAUCAAACCGAACACGAAAAGAAAAACAGAACACCUCCAUUCAAGCAUUAAUAAAUCAAAACGUCAGCAUCUCGUUUUUUUGUGUGUGUCGUCGUUGUCCAACCCUAAAAAUCAUCAUUAAUUAGGGCAAGAAGUACAUUCAUUUUUUUUUGUUGUCUUUUUCGCGCAAAAGAAGAACACAAUUGGUAUAGAGAACCGCCCUCCCUGCAUGUUCAGCUUCAUUGAUUUAUUUAUUUUGGAGAGCGUCUGAAAUUUUUAGAGAUUUUUUUUCUAAUUAUGUUAAUUUUUAAUGAUGAUUGGGUGAGUUUUUCAAAUUUUUAAAAUUUAAAAUUAUUUGUGAUUCUCUUAAAAUUUGUUUUUAAAUUCCCCCAAGUUAAAAUUUCAUUAACAGAAAAUUCCAACCAAAUUUCUUUCUCCAUCUGAAAAAAAAGUGAAACCAAUCCUAAUUAAACGAAUUAAAAGAGAACAAUUACUAUUAAUGUAUGGGUGUAACUGAUUUCUUUGAAGUUCCGACGUUUUUUGUUUCCAGACCGCCGCUGUAAAUCGCGAUGAUCGAGGAAAAUCAACAUCAUACGAUCCAUACGAAUCAUCCAGGUGGGUUCCGGCAAAGAGAAAUACAAAGAAUUUUGUUGUUGGGUUCCUCCCGCCAAACACAAACAUCACUAAGCUCCCAACCCUAAGCCUCAGUGCUCAUUGAGCACUUUUCAUUUCAUUUAUUUUCUGUAUUUUUUUCUGACUAUUCAAUAUGAGAUAUUUAUACAGGUUUUCAUUAUUUUGAAGUUCUAGAAAAACUUUAAAAUUUUUUUUCAGACCUUCAUAUGAUCGCACAAAUUAUAUCACAUCGUCAAAUGCAAGUCCAAGUUAUACACGAAAAAUUGAUCAUGAGGUUAGAUUUUUGAUCUAGAUACAAAAUAAUUAAUUAAAAUUAAUUAGAUUUUUCGGGGUUUACCGAAAACCCAACUUUGAUUAGGUAAGAUAGAAAUGUUGUGAUGUAUGAGAAGAAAUAUUAUGAUUCAAAAGCUCCACCGAAAUAAACACGCAACGCAGACCGCGUCGCGCCACAACACAAACAAAAAAGAGAACGAUUCAAAUUCCCUCCCUUUUUUGUGUGUGUUGUGGCGCGACGCGGUCUGCGUUGCGUGUUUAUUUCGGUGGAGCGCGUGGUACCGAUGAGAUUUUCGAUAAUAAAGGAGAAUUAACGGAUCGCGACGAGACCCAACACACAAACAAACAUGUGUCCCUUGAUUUUUUCUUUUCUUUUUUUCUUUUUCAGCGCUGUUUCAAGGGGUAUUAGUGAUAAUUAGCAUGAAAAUGAGGAGCUAAAUCAUGUGCAGUAAUUAAAUUUUCACAAAAUCUGAUGAGAACGCGGAAAAACAAGAAACAGCGCUGAAAAAAGAAAAGAAAAAGUCAAGGCACACAUGUUUGUUUGUGUGUUGGGUCUCGUCGCGAUCCGUUAAUUCUCCUUUAUUUUUGUGUUUUUUCGCGUCGUUUCGUGAAUUUCAAUUUCGCGACGAAAAAUGUCGCGAAAUUCAUUUUUUUUUUCUCAGAUGAAUUGAUCCAUAUGGGAAAUAAGAUCCGAAAAUGAAAUACGUUUCAAAAUUUUAAUUUUUCAGCCAUUGAACAGUUGGGCAAAUGAUCGUAAAUUUGAAGUGUAUAAAACUAGAGCGGAACGAGAUGCUGAGAGAAAUACAUCAACAUAUCAUACAGCUCCAACUUCAUCAUAUCGACCAUCAGCAUAUUAUAGCGAUCGACCAGUAACUGGUUUAAGAAGACCCGAAGAAUCCUAUUCGAAUUAUGGUCGAUCAACAACUCCAAAUGAUCAUUAUGCGAUUUCAAGUGCGUUAAACGACAACACUCAAACAUCUUCUCGAUUCCGCCCGACAGCUCGACGUGUUUCAUCAGCGAUGACUGACGCGGAUCGACGAAGUUAUCAUCGAAGUCGAUCGAUGGAUCGCAAUAAGAUUGAUUAUGAUUAUGGAGGCUCGAUUUUGAAUCGAUUAACAACACCGGAUGAUUACACUUAUGUAAAUUAUCAUGAUACAAAUCGGGAUAGAUCAACUGGAGUGACCUUUGAGAAGGAUGGACAACCAAGAAGUAUUUUGAAAAAUAAACAAGUUGGUUCAUGUUUUCCCCAAAAAGUUUGGGUUAAUUUGUUUUUUUUAGAGCGCCGAUAUCGAACCGCGCGGUGAAACAUCUUCCUAUGAACCAAGUGGAGUUAGAUCGGUAAGUAACCAAUUGCACAUUAGAUGCACGUGUCUUCAUUCAUUUGUGAAUUUGUUGUUGGAUUGAAUGAACACCCUCUUCUCUCCAGCAUGUCGUUUUCAGAAAAAAAAAUGAUUUUUUUUGUUGUGAACUCUUCUAUCCUUGUUCAGGUCUUCGAACGUCUUCGUCGACAUUUGUCAUUGGAGAAAAGUGUGUCGCCACAAAGACAGGUAAUUUUAAUUUUUUUCGUGCAAAAUGUUGAUAAACCCGUUUAGGCACCUUAUUACGGUCACAAAUCUCGGGUAUGUGGUUUGAUGUGCAUCUUUUCCCCAAUACAUUUAGCAUGGAACUAGAUUUUGAUUCUCAUUUUUGAUCGCAAGCGAAUUGAAUUCUUCAUUCAGGUGUCAUCGGUUGGACCACAUGGUCGAAAUGUUGGAGAUUCGCAAGCAUUGGAUUCGAAUCCAAAGAAAAAACGAUCGUUGCUCUCAUUUAAUCGAAGAAAAACGAGUGAAGUUCGAUUGGGAGCCGAUGGAAAAUUGAUCACAUCGUCGAAUGGCUAUGAUGAUUCAACGCGUGAUUUUAAACGACCAUCUUCACCGAUUGAUCGUAUCAAAUCGCUGUUUCGUAAAAACGAUACAGGAACUACGGAUUAUUAUAGUUCAACACCAUCGUCAUCUUCAAGGUUUGUGGUUUUAGAAUUGGAUCGUUAGAAGUUAUGACAUAGAAGAUCAGAAUUAAUUUAAAGGCGGUCAGACAGCUAUUCUGGUUGACCAAGACGCCUUUGACUUGAACUGGCUUCAAAAAAUAUAAAAGUUCAAAUCUCACUGUACGCAAAAGUGCGUCGCAGUGUUUGCACACACCAAUCAUUAGAGGCAAUUUGAUAUUUUGAAGAUUUUCUCAGCUCGUGUUAACUUUCAUGAAUUUUUUCACUGGUAAAAAAAUUUCUCUCAGAGCCUACACAUCCGCCACUCCAACCUCCUCCACCUCGCGCGAUCCAUACGUAGCACAAUAUCGAAAAUAUCCGGGUUCAGCGUCCGGUUCAGCCACCCGCGACACAUCAGCUGCUCUCAAUCGAUACAGUUACACACCAGGUCUCAGUGACCAACGUCGUCACUGGUAUGAUGAUCCAAAUAUUUAUUGA